UGAAAAUCACUACCCGGAAGUGUCAGCUGGUCGGAACUGUUCCUGCAGAUGUAUCGCCGUGCAUGUUUCGCGUAGCAAGCAGAAUAUGAUAACCUCUUUUAGUACUGCUCAUUUACAUUAAAAUUGCAUAUUGCAAAGUGUACUUAUAUGCCGAAGCAACCCGACUGUGCUCAUAGUUGUUUUGACUUUCCUACCUGUUUUGUUAAAUAAAGCCACCUGUCAAACAGAGCUAGCUUGCAUUAGCUUGUAGUGUAAAGCAGGGGGACGGUUUUCUGCAGAGUUUCCAGAUCUAAUGUUGACUACAUAAAGAUCCAAGAAGGACGGUCAAUGGCAGCUCGACAACCAUUCACUGACACGGAUACUGCCGACGAGGCCGUGAGGGCGACCUGUGACGAUGCAACGACAUGUAAAAGACAAAACAAUACAGGAUGAAGCAGCAAAACAAAAUGGAGCAGAACAAUGCAACCUUUUCUCAUUCCAGGAGAUUUGCUACCAGCAAAAACUAUUGGAAAGACCCCUACAUCCAGUAUUUCGCACGAUCUAUAGGGGAACGAAAGGCACCUGAAAUCAACAGAGGUUACUAUGCCCGUGUUAGAGGAGUGAACCGUCUGCUUGAUGCGUUUAUAAAGAAAACAGACUGCGACUGUCAAAUAAUAAAUCUAGGUGCCGGGCUGGACACCACGUUUUGGAGGCUAAAGGAUGAGAACCUCAUGCCAAGGAAAUUCUUUGAAGUUGACUUUCCAACAGUUGUGGCCAGGAAGAUACACAAUAUAAAGACAAAACCGCCUCUAUCCAAACCCCUCAUCGAAACCCACUCCACAGACUCCUUACUGCUAGAUGCCCACAGCCUCGAUUCAGAUCGGUACUGUAUCAUCGGAGCAGACCUCAGAGACGUCUCCAGUAUGGAUGAAAAACUUAAAAAGUUCCAGCUUAAUCCAGAAUUACCCACAUUGCUCCUCUCCGAGUGUGUGCUGGUCUACAUGACACCCUCCCAGUCCUCCAACCUGGUUCACUGGGCAGCAGAAACCUUCCACACUGCCAUGUUCAUCAACUAUGAGCAGGUGAACAUGAGUGACCGCUUUGGCCAGGUGAUGAUCGAGAACCUGCAGCGCCGCCAGUGCACACUGGCAGGAGUGGAAGUCUGCCAGUCUCUGAACUCUCAGAAGGAGAGGUUUCGGAAGACAGGCUGGGAGCAUGCAGAUGCUCUGGACAUGAUGACAGUCUACGGUAUGCUCCCACAGGAUGAUGUGGCAAGAAUCGAGAGUCUGGAGUUUUUGGAUGAGAGGGAGCUCUUACAACAGCUUCUUCAACACUACAGCAUAUGUUGGGCCACCAAGGACAAGCUCAAUCUGGGUCUGUCACAGCUGGGAUUUUGAGAGUGAAACUGCUCCACUGUUGGACUUCUGCUUCAUGUGUGCAUACGCCAAAAUCAACAACAGGAGAAGAUGUGUAAAGGGGAGUAAUUGGGAAAGAGGAAACCCUCAUUCUCCAUCAAGCCCUCGACUGGGAGCCCUUUCCGGUGUGAAAACUCCCCGCAUCAGCAGAAUGUGAUUUAAUGAGCAUCCUUCUGCGACCCGGAGUGUGUGUGGAAGAAAAUAAAUGGUUGUAUUAGGAGCUGUGAUGAGGUCUAAGACUACAUAAGCAAUGAAAUGUCAAUUGUAAAUGUAGUUUGAGUCAUUAAAGAAUGUAGGAAAUUUGAAGAACACAAAUAUCAUUUGAUAUCGUCUGGUUUAUGUGCCAUUUUGAUGUUAUUUAGAAAUCAGCUGUGCUUCCCAGACUAACAAAACGCACAUGCAUGUGAUAGAAAUGCUGCCAGUGGCAAGAAAUGCUUCUUACCUGCAAUCCUUGGUUUAUUAAUACUUGCCCGUAAAGGUUUUCUAACAGAAUGUUCAGGUUAGUUUGUGAUAGACUAUUUUAAAGAAUGCAGGUCAGAAUAAAAAUGUUCUUUGUGUAA